AAUUCAAUUAUUUUUCUUGGUUUCUUUUUCGUUUCCUUCAAUAUUCGUCUCUUAUUUUAUAGUGAAUUCAUGAAUAUUUUCAAUUACGAUGCUCGUUUCAUGCCUGUUUUGGGCUCAUCUUCCAGUUCUUGAUGAUACUGGGUUUGGUUCGAAUUGGAAUUGGAAUAAAAAUUUUGCUUUCCUUUUUAUCUGCAUCUUAUUGUGUUUUAAUGUUUAGUUUACCUUUGUGGGUUGAACUUUUGGAUUAGUUUCGAUGUGAAUGGAUUUGUGACUGGGUUUGGCAAUCCGGACUGGGCAAGGACCCAUUCAGCUGCUACAUCUACUGCUCCGGCUGUUUUGGCUAUCUUGAGAGGAGGAGCCACAUGUGUUGGUAAAACUGUCAUGGAUGAAAUGGCAUAUAGAUGGGGAUAAUAAACAUUAUGGCACUCCUACAAAUCCUUGUGCCCCAGAUCGUGUACCUGGAGGAUCUUCCAGUGGGUCUGCUGUUGCAGUAGGUGCAAAGCUUGUAGACUUCUCCUUGGGAACUGACACUGGAGGAAGUGUAAGAGUUCCAGCAUCAUAUUGCAGCAUUUUGGGGUUUCGACCUUCACAUGAUGCUGUUUCUACUGCUGGAGUUAUUCCCAUGGCACAGAGUUUUGAUACUGUGGGAUGGUUUGCUAGGGAUCCAGUGAUUUUGAAUCGAGUUGGUCGCAUUCUACUUCAAUUGCCUGAUGUGGAUCUGGUUAGACCAAGGCAGAUAUUUAUUGCAGAAGACUGUUUUCAGCUUUCAAGCAUUCCGAAUAAUCGAGUUUGUCAAGUUCUUGUUAAAUCAGUGGAGAAGUUAUUUGGGGGUGAUGUUGUGAAGCAUUUAAUCCUUGGGGACUAUGUUGAGAACAAAGUUCCAAGUUUGAGUCAUUUUAUUAGUAAAGAAAUCAAAAAGCAAGACUAUGGUAUAGCAUCCUUGGCAGCCCUCUCAAGUGCCAUGCGUUUGCUUCAAAGGUAUGAAUUCAAGAAUAACCAUGGUGAAUGGGUUACUACUGUCAAACCUGAUUUGGGUCCAGGAAUAUCAGAACGAGUGUGGGAAGCUAUUCAAACAACAGGAGAAAGCAUUGGUAUUUGUUACUCUGUGAAGGCAGAAAUAAUUGCCACCCUUACAACUCUUCUUGAGGAUUUUGGUAUCCUGGCUAUCCCUACAGUACCAGGACGUCCACCAAAACUAAACACAGAUCCAACUACUCUGGAAAUUUUUGGUGCCGAGGCUUCUAGCUUGCUCUCCAUUGCUGGAUUAUCAGGAUUCUGCCAGGUGAGCAUACCGCUAGGCAUGUACAAUGAUGUACCUGUAGCUAUUUCAUUAUUGGCGAAACAUGGUUCAGAUGGCUUCCUGCUCAAUGUUGUUGAAACUCUUUAUGACACUCUCCAAGAACAGAUUGCAAUUUCAGAAUGAUAGCUUGCUGAAUCCAGAGGUCCUCCUCAUCUUGCCUCAAAAAAAUGGUGAAAGAAAAUAUAGAGCAGCGGAGUGAGAUUACUUGAAGACACAAUGAGACUAUCUUCGGGUAUAUCAUAGGUGUACCCUUGUACAUUAGAUUUUGAUGUAAUUCUGUAAUUAUAUGCAUGCAAUUUCAUUCGAGCAGUUAUAUCAACUCUUUUGUAAUAUAUUUUUGGAAUGUAAUCAAAUACAAAUUAUUGUAAUAUUUUCUUGAGAUUUUAUGUACUUAUAAAAUUUUAUACUACUAAAUUUGUAAUACUCCCAUGAAUGUAACUAUUAAUUUUGUUACCUUAA